AUGCGUGCGCUCCAAGCUCUUGAGCCAAACGUUGUCACAAACAUGGCCCCUGACCACCCCAUCCAAAUAACUAUCCGACCCCUACAAUACGCCGACACAGAGGCUUGUGCUCGCAUUACUGCAUCAGCUUUUUCAACCGAUCGACACACCAUCGUAAAACAGAUCGGUGGGAAGCCAUUCGACAUGUAUGAAGUCUCUCGGACUAGGUUUCUCGCCACGCUGCACAGGAAGAACUACAUCUACGUUAAAGCGGUCGAUGACGCGAGAAAUAUUGUUGGGCAUGCGGGGUGGGGAUUCAGAGGGGUGGAUGAGGAGAAGAUUCCGUGGAAAGGACCAGAUGAUGAGUUGGUGACUGGAGAGGGGAGAGCUUCACAGAAAGAUGAAAGAAAGUGUAAGGAUAAUAUUAGUGUAGCAAAAGUGGAAAAGGAUUCGCUUGGAGACGAAGAGAAGGAAGGCAUCGACCGUCUUCAUGCCCUGGAAGACGCAGACAUGCAGCACACCAUGGCCUCACUGAUGCCGCCUGGCAUCUCAUGCAUGUACAUCUCUGGCCUCAUCAUCUCUCCAGAACACCAAUCUCACGGUGUAGGCAGCGCGCUCAUUAAGUAUGGUAACGCGAUAGCAGACCGCCUUGGUGUCUUCACUUGGGUGCAUUCGUCCGAUCAGGCUUGGAAGGCUUAUGCAAAGUUUGGGUACGAGGUUGUGAAGGAGCUUGAGAUUGAUCUGGAUGAGUAUGCGCCUUCGCCGCCGGAGAAAGCAUGGGCGGAGAAGUUGAAAGGGACGGGUGAGGGGGUGACGGCGGAGAGAUGGGGGACGUAUGUUAUUAGGUAUAUGAAGAGGCUGCCUGAGAUAAAAGGUUUGUGA